CGAAAAAUAAAAAAUAAAUUAAUUCUAAAGUUAAAAGAAAAUUGUAUUGAAUUUUCUAGUAAUGGCCGGCAAUAAAAUGCGCUUUCUAGCAGUAUUAAAUACAUUGCAACGCUUUAAUAGCUUGUCAAAUAUACGUACUUAUGCUACACGUAAGGAAAUUGUCAAUCCUGCAUUAGCUAAACGCAAUGAAUUGUUCACGCAAGAGCAACGCCGGCAAAAAGAAGCUGUUGGUAGAGUAGAAAAAAUAGAAGUGCGUUAUUUAGGUCUACCCGAAGAUGUCACAUUAGCUAUGAACGCCUAUUUGUCUACGCCUUACAAUUGUGCGCAGCAUUUAAGUGACGGCCAUUGCAAACGUUCUGCACUAGCGCUGAAAGAUGGUAAUGUGCCAUGGGAUAUGCACCGGCCGCUAACAGAAUCUUGUACAAUACAGUUGCUCAAUUUUACCGUAGCUGAUCCACAUUUAAUAAAUAAAGCUUUCUGGCGUACAUGCAGCUUUAUGUUGGGUGCCGCACUGGAAAACUGCUUUUCGGAUGCAGCACAUUUACAAUUACAUAGUUUCCCUGGCCCAAAUAUAAAAUCUGGUAGUUUUGUUUACGACAUCGUAUUACAAGCGCAAUCGUGGCAACCCAGUAAAACCGAGCUGCGUGCGCUCUCCGCCCAGAUGAUUAAAUUAGCCGCACAAGAUUUGAAAAUCGAACGUCUCGAUGUAAAUAACGAAUUGGCGCUGGAAAUGUUUGCCGAUUCGCGUUAUAAACGCGAACAGCUGCCCAGCAUUGCACAACAGAAUCAGGGACGUGUCACACUCUAUCGCAUGGGCACACAUAUAGAUAUCUCACGUGGUCCAAUGGUGGCCUCAACACGUUUCCUUGGCAAAUGCACCGUGGCAGCGGCACACAAGAUUGCCAAUGAGGGCGACAAGGAUGCGCUGUAUCGUGUACAAGGUGUUGGUUUGCCAGCUGGCUUUACAUUGGAUCAUGUCACGUAUGGCACUUUGGAGGAACGCGCUAGGAAAUUGAAUCCUGCGCGUUUGCCCAAUGAGCCAUUUGAAGAAGCACACCAACAGAUCGCAUGAAUAUCAUGAAUUGCGUUAUUUAGUUAAAAAGGAAAUGUUUUUGUUUUACUUUAAUUGUAAUAAAUAAUUAAACUAAAA